CAUAUAUAUAUUACGUACAUCAACUACGAAACUUUGACCCACAAAUAUAUUUCAAAUGUAUUUUUUUAGAAAAAUACUCCAAGAAUGAAGAUGUUGGCGAUACUGCUGACCGUGGUCGCCGGGACCGCACUUGCCCAGUACGGUAUGCACUCCACCUGCGUGUUGGAGCCCGAUAUCCACAAUGGUUUCGACGGGGUUUCGGGAAUGAUCUAUUUCCUGCAGGAGACAGAGGCCGACCCCGUUCAGGUGUUUGGGGAAGUACACGGACUAACGGAGGGCAAACACGGCUUCCACAUCCACACCGAGGGCGUGACGGACUUUGACUGCUCUUCCACGGGCGGCCACUUCAACCCCGACGGAUUCAGCCACGGCGGCCCGACCUCCGACUUCCGACACGUAGGCGACCUGGGGAACAUCGACGCCUGUCCCAAUGGAACAGCCUUUGUGGACAUCUUGGACACAAUAAUCAGCCUGUACGACUUCGAGCGCAACGUAACAGGUCGUGCUUUGGUCGUCCACGACUUAGAGGACGACCUGGGGCUUGGUGGUGACGAAGAGUCUCUCGCUACCGGUAAUGCUGGGGUUAGAGUGGCCUGCUGCACCAUCAUACAAGACUAUUAUUAAAAGGGCUGUGAUUC